AUGAAAGCCUCGAUUCUAGCCCCUAUUGCAAUUUUUCUCUCAGUCGCUAUAGCUGGCACUCCCGAUAAUCCCGAGAACAUGACACCAUGCUUGCUUAAAUGCAACCAGCAAGCAGCCGAGCAAGUUGGCUGUGGCACUUACCUUAACACCGAUUGCACAUGUGCCAGUGAUCCUUUCGUGCUUGCUCUCAACACCUGUCUGUCGGCAGGAUGUGAUGCGACUGAUGUUAAAAUGUCGAAGGAUUUACAUGUGAAGAUUUGCCACGGAACCCCUGUGUGA